AAGCUGCCAACGGCGGAGGAGGCGGAGCUGUUCGAGCUGGCGCAGGCGGCGGGGAUCGGUCUCGACCCGGAAGUGUUCAGACUGCUGCUGGACCUGCUGCGGAUGAACGUGGCGCCCCUGGCCGUGUUCCAGAUGCUGAAGUCCUUGUGCGCCGGGCAGAGACCGGCUCCCAGCGGCCCCGCCGAGACCGCCCCCGAGACGAGAGGUCAGGAGCUGCGGGUUAUUAGGGGCCCCCCUCCCGCCGGGCUGGUCCUGGGGGAGCCCGGGCCCAGCUCAUGUCCCCCUCCCUGCAGGGAGGUGCCCGGGCUCGGGCCCGUGGCUGCUGCUUUCUGCUGGGGCAGGGGGGUGAUAAAGGGCGGUAUGGAAUUAAGCAGGCAAAUCCCUCCCGCGUAACAGUCUCUGCGCUGCCACGGCUGGUUUUGCUGCAGGACGGAGGCGAUCUCUGUUGCCUCAAUUAAAGGGCUGGGAGCCUUCAUUUAUGCAAGAUGCCAAUUAGACAUUCAUGUAUG